AUGGAUCCCGACCGAGCUGUAGCGGAUGAUGUAGAAAGCAAUGCGCCGGCUCCCGUGCAGGGAACUGCGCCUGAGGAAAGUAGACAUGGAAUUGAAACACAUAUUCAGGAUGAGGCUCGAGAAGCUUUCCUUCAUAUGAUGAAUAAUUGGUACACAGAGUUUAUUCGAGCAAAUCCGAAUGUUCAACCUCCUCCACCCCCUCUUAUUCCUCAACCGAUUCCUGUAGCUUCACAAGAAUGUUUAAAAUGUACCAUAUCUUUACUGAAAGAUUCAGCAUAUCGUUGGUGGAAAACAUUAGUAUCUGUGGUUCCAAAAGAAAGGGUUACAUGGGAUUUCUUCCAAGAGGAAUGCAGAAAGAAAUACAUAAGCCAACGGUUCAUCAAUCAAAAACGUAAGGAAUUUCUCGAAUUAAAGCAGGGCCAAAUGUCUGUGGCAGAAUAUGAAAGAGUGUUUGUUAGAGUUAGUAAAUAUGCUCAAGAGUGUGUGCCCACAGAAGCUAUUAUGUGUAAAAGGUUUGAAGACGGGUUAAAUGAAGAUAUCAGAAUGUUUGUUGGGAUGUUGGAACUGAAAGAAUUUGUGGUACUGGUUGAUCGAGCUUGCAAGGCUGAAGAAUUGAAUAAAGAAAAGAGAAAAGUUGUGAUUGAGGCUCAGGAUGCAAGAAAAAGACCAAUGAAUUGCCCUGAGAAAGUUGAAGAAGAAAAUUUUCAAAAUAUUAGAUCGGGUGAUACUGUUAGCAGUGGUAGACCACCAAGAAAUACCGAAAAUAGAGCUAGCAGUAAAAGUGAAAUAAAAGAUACAGAUAUGAGACCAGAAACUAGAAAACCUGCUAGAGCUUAUGCUAUACGUACUCGAGAGGAUGCAUCAUCUCCCGAUGUGAUUACUGGUACAUUUUCUCUUUAUGACACUGAUGUUAUUGUAUUGAUUGAUCCCGGGUCUACUCAUUCUUAUGUUUGUGUGAAUUUAGUAUCUAAUAAGAAUUUUCCUGUUGAAUUUACUGAAUUCGUGAUUAAAGUGUCAAACCCUUUAGGCAAAUAUGUGUUAGUCGAUAAGGUUUGCAAGAAUUGCCCUUUAAUGAUUCAAGGGAUGGAUUGGUUGACUUUGCAUGAUGUCAAGGUGAACUAUAGACAGAAAAUUCUUGAAUUGAAAUGUGAAACUGGUGAAAUUCUUCGGGUUGAAACAGAUGAAUCAAAUAAAUUGCCUAUGGUGAUUUCACACGUGUCUGCCCAGAAAUAUUUGAGAAAAGGUUGUGAAGCUUAUAUUGCUUAUGUGUUAAACACUGAGAUGACUGAGUCGAAGCUUGAAUUAGUACCAGUAGUCUGUGAAUUUUCGGAUGUGUUUCCAGUGGAAUUGCCUGGAUUACCUCCAAUUAGAGAAGUUGAGUUUGCUAUUGAUUUGUUACCUGGGACUGCACCGAUCUCUAUUGCUCCGUAUAGAAUGGCUCCAACCCAAUUAAAAGAACUAAAAUAUCAGUUACAAGAGUUGACAGAUAAGGGAUUUGAUGUGCACGUAAACAAAGUAACUACAAAGAACAAAUAUCCGUUGCCAAGAAUUGAUGACUUGUUCGACCAGUUAAAGGGAGCAACAGUGUUUUCAAAGAUUGAUUUGAGAUCAAGUUACUAUCAAUUGAGAGUUAAAGAGUCAGAUGUGCCAAAAAUUGCUUUCAGAACGAGAUAUGGACAUUACAAAUUUCUAGUGAUACCUUUUGGCUUAACUAAUGCUCUGGCUAUUUUUAUGGACUUCAUGAACUGA